AUUUACAUAAUAUUCUAUGCAAGAAUAGCAUGGACUAAACAACUAUUGCGUUCAAAAGAAGACGUCAUCAGCCAGUUCAUUGUUGCUAGAGUUUCAGAGUUUGUCUGUGUUUAACAGCUAGCGGCUGAGUUCCUAAAUAUCAUCUGACGAAGUUUCACUGGUUUGGGAAGGCAGGUGGUGCUCUUUUGUCUGUCCGUUCGAGAGAAGUGCUACGAAGGUAAACCUAGAGGAGGAGAUGGUGGUGUUGGAAAAGAUUUUGACGGCUGAACAAGUUGGAAGACGAGUUAACUCAGCAGUUGCAGAGUCUAACUUGUUCGAGAUGGAGUGCGUCCACGUUGGGAAUUUAGUGGGUUGCUUGAGGCUGAUGCUUCAUGAUCUGGUCGGCUGCAUCUCCACUGCUUCUCUGCCCUUAUACGAUCGGCCAAUCGUCCGCAUAGUCACUGAAGUCUCCAAAAACCUUGAGCGCGCACUGACCUUGGUCCGAAAGUGCAAGCGAUGCACCCUCUUUCGCCGGUUUGUCACCGGCAAGCACGCAACCGAUUUUCCCAGAAUCUUUGCACUUCUGGAAUCUUCAAUUGCCGAUAUGAAUUGGUUGCUAAACCUCUUCAACCCAAACCUCGGCUACGCCUCUAAGGAACCUGACCUAUCCGUGCCUCCAAUCGCAAUCAAAGAUCCGGUUAUUUCAUGGGUCUGGGUGUUCAUCGCCACCGUUGAAAUGAGUCUACUGAAAAAUCGCAUUGAGGCCGCCGACAAUCUUGCUAAAAAAAGGUUCAAUUUUUAAAAGAUGAAGAGGGGAAGAAGAUGAUAGAAGCUGCCAAACAAAAUAAAAGCCUAGAUAUCCUCAAAAUAUGGUAAUUUGACAGACGAUUCAAAGCUUGACGAAGAACCCCAUGCUCGAUGAAUUGCAGAUCUUGCUAAACAAAGACGAAGAAGGGAA